CAGAAAGCAUAGUGAAUUUUGUUGACCAGAUCGCAAAUAUGACAGGUCUGAUGUCUACAGCAGCGGCAGAAAACUAUUUGAAGGUUGUUGAUGACACCCAGGAAAAGGUUUUAGAUUUGGUCACCGAUGAAGAUAAAAGUAAACUGGUGUCAUUUGGAAACAGUUAUAUAAAUGCCUUUGAGAGCCUGGUGUCUGCACUGGUGACGCCAACAGAAACUCACAACUUGCUGAACAUUAGUCUCAAUAAUACAGAAGUGAGAGUUCUUGCAGUUGGUCCAAAGGCAUCUGAAAAAAUCAUUCCUUCAGUCAGUACGGAAAAGGCUGUUAUGGAGAUUAACAUUUUUGAAAUUGCAAAGAGCAGCCCUUCAGGAUCAGCUGCUGUGACUUUCAUGAGCUACACAAUGAUGAAGAAUCUACUGAAGCCAGACUUCUUCAACACAUCAAAUGACACUAUUAAAACCAUGAUGUCCACUGUGAUCUCAGCUACUCUUCCCAAAAGCAACUACACUAAACUCACCAAACCAGUCAACUUCACCUUCAGACACAUCAGAGAGUUUGAUCCCAGUGGUUCUCUGUCCUGUGUUUACUGGAAUAUCAGCGAGUGGAUUGUAGAUUGUUGUUCUGUUUUAGAGACCAACAGCAGCUACACUGUGUGUUCAUGUGUUCAUCUGUCCACAUUUGCUCUCAUCAUGCAAACCAGAGGGCCACAAAAGAAUUACUCUCAGAUGGAUCUGUUGAAUUUGGUGUGUGUGAUCGUGGGACUGGUGUUCUUCACUUUGGCCCUGUUGACCUUUGCCCUUUGUCAGUGGAGCCCUGGAGUGAAUAAUGUGGCUCGAAUCAACAUCUGCAUCAGUCUUCUGCUGGCUCACCUUCUGUUUCUGCUCACACAGCAGUUCCUGAGCCUCAUAGAGCCUCAGCAGGUGUUGUGUGCAGUGAUCUCAGGCCUUCUGCACUUCCUUUUUCUCUCCGGCUUUGUGUGGAUGUUCAUUGAAGCUGUGCUGCUCUUCAUCUGUGUGAAGAACCUAUCACAGAUCAGCUCCAAGAAGAGGGAGGUGCUUAGCAGUGGAUUCCUGUGUGUGAUUGGAUAUGUGGUUGCUCUGGUUGUGGUGUGUGUGUCUGUUGGUCUGGUCCCUGAAGGCUACGGCAGCAAAGAGUGCUGGAUUAAAGUUGAUCAAGGUUUUAUCUGGAGUUUUCUGGGUCCUGUUUGUGUCAUACUAACAUUAAACAUGAUUCUCUUCAUUAAUAUCAUCAUCACUCUAAACUCAACUCUCAAAAAACUGAAUGCUGAGGUUUCACAGAUGAAACAAACGAAGAUUUUGGUGUUUAAAACUCUGGGUCAGUUUGUGGUUCUUGGUUGCCCCUGGAUUCUGGGUUUCUUCAUUAAUGGCAGUGAGGUGCUGGAGAUCAUCUUCCUGAUCUUGAACUCCCAGCAGGGAACCUUCAUCUUCCUGAUCUACUGUGUCCUCAAUAAUGAGGUCAGGCUGCAGUACAGGAAGUUUUUCAUUUGUCUUUGCGGUGGAGGCAAAAAACUCUGAGGACUACAGCAUCAUGUUUAGACAUUAAAAGUAAUGCUGAAAUGCCAUUAACAGGUGAUAUUAUUCUUACAGUAAAAUCAAUGUUUAAGAUGUUAACUGUAGUUUCAGCUCUUUCCUGCAAAUACUUUUGAUAUUACAGUUCUAAAUACUAUUAAUGCUGAACAUUUAAAUCCUUUUUAAACACAACCUUUUUCUUAGUGGUGAGAGAAAAUAAUAUUUUUACAGAGAAUCCACUAAAUGCUUGCCAAUUAUAAAAACCAUCAUGAAAUAUGUUUCAUGCAUUCAUGGUGAAGGAAAAUAACAUGAUUUUAGACUUUAUAGUUUAAAUUAAAUAUUUAAAUGUGCCUUGCGUCAAUUUUUUUUGUGUAUUUAUCGUCCAUAGUUCUGUUUGUGGUUAGAAUAUUAUUUUUUUUAUUUUACUUUAUAUGCCGUAAAGUAAAAAUACAGUAUAUUUUCAGAAUGGCGUGUCACAGGUUUUACAUGUGUAUCUUUGUAAAUAAACUAUUCAAAUAAAGGAACAGCUGAUGUGUCAAAUUUAAAGUGAAUCUGUAUUGUCAUAUGGCUUUUAUUUUUGUA